CAAACUCCAUAACUUCGACAACUACCCAACUCACUCAUCUUCUUCAAUUUCCUGAUAAUAAAGGAACCAGGACAUGUUUUCGCUAUCAGGUCGUGCGUUCGUACGCACUCUUCAUGUGCGCCCGAAUCGAGGCUCGUUUGCUCCUCAAUACCAGCGGGUGGAAUUGCUUUCGACGUCCGCUAUCAAGGCGGCAACGGCUCUUGAGCGACAAGGCAAUGCCGGGCAAUCGCUGACUGCGUCUGGCCAAGUGCGGAGAGAGGUACCUUUGCCGAGUCAGGAGAAGAAGGAGGGUGCAAUGCAAUAUGUCCUGACGACGCUUGACCAAGUGGCAAAUUGGGCACGGCAAAGUUCGCUGUGGCCUAUGACCUUUGGACUCGCAUGUUGUGCCGUCGAAAUGAUGCACCUGUCCACGCCCAGAUAUGAUCAAGAUCGCCUCGGAAUCAUUUUCAGAGCUUCACCGCGACAGUCGGAUGUCAUGAUUGUCGCUGGUACUUUGACGAAUAAGAUGGCUCCGGCUCUCCGACAGGUUUACGAUCAGAUGCCCGACCCCCGCUGGGUUAUUAGCAUGGGAAGUUGUGCAAACGGUGGUGGCUAUUACCACUACAGUUACUCGGUCGUCCGUGGUUGUGAUAGGAUUGUUCCUGUCGAUGUCUAUGUCCCCGGCUGUCCACCCACAUCCGAGGCAUUAAUGUACGGCAUAUUCCAACUUCAGAAGAAGAUGAGGCACACGAGGAUAACUCGCAUGUGGUACCGGCGUUGA